UUUUCUUAUAAUUUAGGAUUAUUUAACUUCUUUAUGUUGUUUCCCUUUCAUAUUGUUAGCGCAAUAUUCCCCUUUUAGAAAAUCUGAAUUGAAAGAGACCAGCAUAACUAGCGAGGUGUUUCUCGAAGCUAGAGCUUCUAGCUUUAAUUAAUGCCCUUUGCUAAACUCUCUGCUCAUCACACAUAGAUCACUAAGGGGGAUGAAGAAUACUUCAAGAUUUUGAGUUUUUUGUAUACCCUUUUGGUUUUGUUUGCUUCUUUGCAACUAAGAGCUAAGAUGGCUGAGGAUAUUUGUUUCUUCGCCAAGGAUAGUAUAAUCAUAAAACCUCCCAAGAAAUCUCCAGCAUUGUUAAGGAUGGUGGUUGUAGCGUUUACGCUGAUCUUUGGUAUUUAUAUCUGUUCAAUUUGUCUUAAACAAACUAGCUUGGAGAAUACAAGUAAAUACUUGAACAUUGAAGUCAUGGAAAAGCCUUGCCAUAACUAUGACAUGGAUCAAUCCCAAAUUCCAUAUGUGCAUUAUCCGAAGCCAAAAACUUUUAGCCGGGCUGAAUGUAGCUGUAAUCCUGUUCGGCGCUUUGCCAUUCUCUCAAUGCAAAGGUCUGGGAGUGGAUGGUUUGAGACACUAUUGAAUAGUCAUAUGAACGUAAGCUCCAAUGGUGAAAUAUUCUCUGUCAAAUAUAGGAGAGAAAAUGCUUCUUCAAUCCUGAGGACAUUGGACACAGUUUAUAAUUUGGACUUCUUUACGAGUGCUUCCAAAAAUCACUGCUCAGCUGCAGUGGGCUUCAAGUGGAUGCUUAAUCAGGGGUUAAUAGAACAUUAUAAGGAAAUCGUUGAGUACUUCAAUAGGAAGGGUGUUUCCGUGAUAUUUCUCUUUAGAAAGAAUCUACUGCGACGUAUGGUUUCCGUUCUUUCAAAUUCCCAUGACCGAUAUGCCAAACUCUUGAAUGGAACACAUAAGUCUCAUGUGCACUCACAUGAAGAGGCUGGUACUCUUGCUAAGUAUAAACCAGAAAUCAAUACAACAUUGUUGAUCACAGAUUUGAAAAGAAUGGAGGUUUCUGCCACGGAGGCACUGGACUACUUCAAUAGCACUCGACAUAUGAUUCUGUAUUAUGAAGAUAUUGUCAGAAAUCAAGCUAAAUUGGUAGAUGUUCUUGAGUUUCUAAGAUUGCCUAACAUGGAUCUAAGUAGCCGUCAAGUGAAGAUACAUAACGGGCCAUUGUGGAAGCAUAUCAAGAACUGGGAUGAUGUGAACAAGACCUUAAGUGGAACAGCUUAUGAGAAGUUCCUCCGAGCUGAUUAUUAAUUUCUGACUUGUCACUUUCAUUGAUCGAUGAAGGAGGUGUAGAUAUCAACUUUGUUUUCUUGUAAAUGCUGACUGGUGUACUCUCAACUUGGAAAAGCUUCCUGCUGCAUUUGCCUCUGAAGAUCAGUCGAAAUUCAGCAUAGUACCAAGUUUCGCUCUCAUGUAUCUCUAGUGUUUUUUUCUCCCUAUUCUAUUCCACAUUGAAGUGUGCAUAGUGAAGUAGCUAAAGUGGUCAGUGCCAAAGGCAAGUAAGUAGUCAUAAAUCAAUAUUUCUCUCUUUGUUCUUUUCCUUUUUGCAAUUUAAUAAAGUAGCUAGUGAGAUGUUAUUUUCUACUUGAAAUCGGUACUAAAUGAUUUUGAUUAAGGGUCCAACAAAUUCUUGUAACUCUUUUUGUGUUUGAUAAAUGUUCAAUUCUUUCA